AUGGCAAACCGCCAGAUCACAAGGCGUAUCUUGAUAAGCGCUUCUAUUUUAGUUUUUUUUCUCUUCGUCCUGUUCAUCCAACCCUAUGGACCCCCUAGUCCAGCAGUCCGAGCUCCCGGCCACCUCGAUAAAACCACACCUGUUCACGAUGAUCUAAAGGAAGGGGGCAUUGUGAUGCCCCGUCUAGGCAAUGAGACGGCGAAAGCCGAAUUAGGUCGCGCAACAUGGAAGUACUUCCACACUAUGCUCGCUCGUUACCCCGAAGAGCCCACUGAAGAACAACAAGAGACGCUCCACUCAUACAUCUACCUUUUUGCGCGACUAUAUCCAUGCGGUGAAUGCGCGUCGCACUUCCAACAACACCUGAAGAAAUACCCCCCGCAAGUCUCUUCCCGGAAUGCGGCUGCAGGAUGGGGCUGCUUCAUCCACAACGAAGUCAAUUCAAUGCUCGAAAAGCCCGAGUUCGACUGUACUAAGCUCGGAGACUUUUAUGACUGCGGCUGUGCUGAGGGUGAAGAUGAAAGCGGGGGCAAUGACUCUGAUAGUGGGCACAAGGCCACCCCUCGCGAAAGCAGCGAUGGCAAUGAUGCUAUCUCGCCUGUGGAGAUAUCCCGGGAACCUAUCACUCGUGGAGGGUAG